CCUAUUGACUGCUGCUUUCCUUUGGUUCAAGAUUUUCGUUGGACCCAACAAUAGAAAACCCGAGAGACAGAGGAAGAAACCCUAGAGAUCGUAGCUGAAGCGAGAGACAGCCGCGGAGGAGAAACAGAGCCUACGAGCAGAGCAGAGCAGAGGGUCAGCUACUUCAACUUGAAGGCUCACUUACACAAAAAAUGUCUAUCCCAGUUAACCCAAAACCUUUCUUGAACAAUUUGACCGGGAAGCCAGUCAUUGUGAAACUCAAGUGGGGAAUGGAGUACAAAGGUUUUCUCGCCUCAGUGGAUUCAUACAUGAACUUGCAGCUGGCUAACACUGAAGAAUACAUUGAUGGGCAAUUCACUGGAAAUCUGGGAGAGAUUUUGAUAAGAUGUAACAAUGUUCUCUAUCUUCGUGGGGUACCAGAGGAUGAAGAAAUUGACGAUGCUGAUCGAGACUAAGAGAUAGGAUUCCCAGUAGUCUACUUUGUAAUCCAAUGUUGAGGUGUUGUGGAUGUUGGAUGUGCAUGACUUUUAAAAGGACCCUCGUAGAGUAGAUAUACUGUUCCCUGCCAUGCCAUGCCCUGUUCAAGCAUGCAUUGUUUAUUUUCACUCUGUUGUUUUCUGCAAGUAAAUCUCUUUUUUUUUUUUU